GCCUUUUGGUGACAGUACGAAACCCCUUGUUUUCGCGGCUACAUCCAGGUGACGAUGGCCGUGUGAGCGUCCACCAUGGCCCACCGCAAGCACCAGAGCAUUGCAAGCACGAUGCUGGACCACAGGGCCAGGCCGGGGCCCAUCCCCCAGAGCCAGGAGCCGGAGAGCGAGGACACAGAGCUGCCCCUGGAGGGCUACAUGCCCGGCGAUCUGCAGCUGGCCGCCCUGCGGCCCGAGAGCCCCACCCCGGAGGAGCAGGAAUGCCACAACCACAGCCCCGACGGGGACUCCAGCUCCGACUACGUCAACAACACCUCAGAGGAGGAAGACUACGACGAGGGACUUCCGGAAGAGGAGGAGGGCAUCACCUACUACAUCCGCUACUGCCCGGAGGACGACAGCUACCUGGAGGGCAUGGACUGUAAUGGGGACGAGUACCUGGCCCGCGGCCCCGUGGACACCGACGAGUGCCAGGAGGCGGUGGAGGAGUGGACAGACUCGGUGGGUCCACAUCCUCAUGGCCACGGGGCUGAGGGUAGCCAGGACUACCCGGGUGGUCACCUGACCAUCCCUGAGGAUGACCCCUCCAUCUUGGAGGCCCACGACCAGGAGGAGGAGGAAGACGGCCACCACUUCUGUCCCAGCAAAGAUGGCUACCAGGACUACUACCCUACCGAAGCCAAUGGCAACGCAGGGGGCGCCUCCCCCUACCGCCUAAGGCGUGGGGACAGGGACCUAGAGGACCAGGAAGAGGACAUCGACCAGAUUGUAGCCGAGAUCAAGAUGAGUUUGAGUAUGACCAGCAUUACCAGCGCCAGCGAGGCCAGCCCCGAGCACGUGCCCGAGCCGGGGCCCGGGGACUCCACAGAGGCCUGCCCGCCUGCCGAGCCCAGCCUGGGACCCAGCAGGCAUGAAGCCAGGCCCAAGUCACUAAACCUCCCCGCGGAGGCCAAGCAUCCUGGAGACCCCCAGCGGGGGUUCAAGACCAAGAGCAGGACUCCAGAGGAGAGGCCAAAAUGGCCCCAAGAGCAGGUCUGCAAUGGUUUAGAACAGCCGCGGAAGCAACAGCGCUCUGAUCUCAAUGGGCCAAUCGAGAAUAACAAUAUCCCUGAGACAAAGAAGGUGGCAUCAUUCCCAAGUUUUGUGGCCGUUCCAGGGCCCUGCGAACCGGAAGACCUCAUCGACGGAAUCAUCUUUGCCGCCAACUACCUGGGGUCCACCCAGCUGCUGUCCGAACGCAACCCAUCCAAAAACAUCAGGAUGAUGCAGGCGCAGGAGGCCGUGAGCAGGGUCAAGAAUUCCGAGGGGGGCACCCAGACGCUGACGGAAGUGGACCUCUUCAUCUCCACCCAGAGGAUCAAAGUCUUAAAUGCCGACACCCAGGAAACCAUGAUGGACCACGCCUUGCGUACCAUCUCCUAUAUUGCCGACAUCGGGAAUAUCGUGGUUCUGAUGGCCAGACGCCGCAUGCCCCGCUCGGCUUCCCAAGACUGCAUUGAGACCACGCCCGGGGCGCAGGAGGGAAAGAAGCAGUAUAAGAUGAUCUGCCACGUGUUUGAGUCGGAGGAUGCUCAGCUGAUCGCCCAGUCCAUCGGACAGGCCUUCAGCGUGGCCUACCAGGAGUUCCUGCGGGCCAAUGGCAUCAACCCCGAGGACCUGAGCCAGAAGGAGUACAGCGACAUCAUCAACACGCAGGAGAUGUACAACGACGACCUCAUCCACUUCUCCAACUCCGAGAACUGCAAGGAGCUGCAGCUGGAGAAACACAAGGGGGAGAUUCUGGGCGUGGUGGUGGUGGAGUCGGGCUGGGGCUCCAUCCUGCCCACCGUGAUUCUGGCGAACAUGAUGAAUGGCGGCCCGGCGGCCCGCUCGGGGAAGCUGAGCAUCGGGGACCAGAUCAUGUCCAUCAACGGCACCAGCCUGGUGGGGCUGCCCCUGGCCACCUGCCAGGGCAUCAUCAAGGGCCUGAAGAACCAGACGCAGGUGAGACUCAACAUCGUCAGCUGUCCCCCGGUCACCACGGUCCUCAUCAAGCGGCCGGAUCUCAAGUACCAGCUGGGCUUCAGUGUGCAGAACGGCAUCAUCUGCAGUCUCAUGAGAGGGGGCAUCGCGGAGCGAGGGGGUGUCCGCGUGGGCCACCGGAUCAUCGAGAUCAACGGGCAGAGCGUGGUGGCCACCGCCCAUGAGAAGAUAGUCCAGGCUCUCUCUAACUCCGUGGGGGAGAUUCACAUGAAGACCAUGCCUGCCGCCAUGUUCAGGCUCCUCACAGGCCAGGAGACCCCGCUGUACAUCUAGGCCCGCCCAGCCUCCGCCACAGAGCCCAGGGACACCAGGCCAAGGCCCGCCUGGGCCCAGAGGAGCCGGAAACCAGGACACAGCCCUGACCCCUGACCCCAUAGCCCGACCAAGGACUCCGGCUCCCCCGAAGGACGUGCCCUUAACCAACCAGUUCUUUCAUUUUGUUGUUUAGAUUUUUUUCCCCCUUUUCUCCCCCAUCCUCCCCCUGCCGAAAGGAAUAUGACUUUCUCAAAGGACAGUCGCAGGAGCAAACCUGUGUACAUCGUUGCGUAUU